UUGGCCUUAAAUUUGUCAUACCUAUUUCUCACAACAAGAUGAGUAAUACAUUAUCAGAUAAACAUACUUAUCAGAUAUAUUAUCAUAUGGAUAGAAUUGGUAUAAGGUAUUGGUAUAGUUAUAUCCUCUGCUGUGACUGAAUAAGCAACUAUUGAUACGUAGUCUGUGAAAUCAAAUCUCAAAUUAUGUUUAAUUAUUGUAAUAUUAUUAUACUAUUGCUUUUAAUUGUGUGCAAUGAAUGUUUAUGUGACAUAUGCAAAAUCUGCAAAUGUGUUUCAAAUAUAGAAGCAAUUAUUGAUUGUCAUAACAGACACCUGGGAAUUAAUGAAGACUUUAAUUUCAAUAAUCUCUUCACUCUUGAUCUGCCUCAAACAUUAGAGAAACUUAUUCUUUCAAAAAAUAACAUAGUAUUUUUUCCGACAAACGAACUAAAGAAUUUGAAAUAUUUAAAGAAAUUAGAUCUAUCUCAAAAUAAUUUGAGUAAUAUACAAUCAGAUAUUUUCAAGAACUUAAACGACCUCGAAGAUUUAAAUUAUUCCCAUAAUCUAUUAUGGCACUUCGAUAUUUCCAUUAUAAAUAUGGAUUCUUCUCUCUCUAAAUUUAAUUUGAGUCAUAAUCAGAUCAAUAGUCUGGAGAAAAGUUCAGAAAACACAAUAACGAAGUUGAAAGUUUUUGAUGUGUCUCACAAUAAUCUUACUAAUCUCACUAAUCUGGUAAAUUUUUUCAACUGUUUACCAGAGCUGGAAUAUUUGGAUCUCUCCUUCAAUCAACUGAGUACUCUCCCACCCAAGUCGUUGCUCUACCUGCAGCAUUUAAAAAUACUUUAUAUCAAUAACAAUCAUCUUCUUGAUUUAAAUCUCCAAAAUCUUCCAUUGUCAUUGCUGGAACUUUACGCAGGAAACAAUUUUAUCAAUCACUUAUUACUACAAAAAUCAUCAAUUCACAUCUUAAACAUUCAAAACAACUGCAUUUCUAAUAUAUACAAAAAUCUAACAUUACUGGAAGAAUUAAAAAAUCUAAAUAUUAAUGGAAAUUCCUUGUCAGAAUUUCCAGAUGUUUUUCUAAAAGAUUUAGAUACGCUGGAUUUAUCCUUUAACAAUUUAACAAUAAUUCCUGAAACAAUUUCUGUUAAGAAUUUUCCAAAUUUAAGAAUUUUAAAAGUUAAUGGGAAUCGUUUAAAAGAUGUAAAAAUUAGGUCUGAAUUGAGAUUGAAAAGAUUUGAAAUAAAUUUUGUAAAGACGAUUGAAGAAAUUGGUAAAGAAACGUUUCUAAUGCUGAGGGAGAGGGAAAACGAUUGUAUUAAUAUAACUAUUUCGAAUAAUAUAAAGUUGAAUAUAAUCGAGAAAAACGUUUUUCAGCAUAUGAACAUUUGUUCUCUAGAUUUAAGCAAUAAUUGUUUUGCUCACUUGCCGUCAGAAUUAUUUGAUGUAAAUGUUUCAAAUGCGAAGUAUCUCAUUAAUUUGCAAGGUAAUCCAUUUAUUUGCGACUGCUCAUUGCAAUGGAUGUUAAAUAUAUUAGUUCCAAAACUUUACUUGAUGAGACCUAGUCUACUAGAAGAUUUAAGAUGUGCUGGUCCACCUCCAUUAACUGAUAGAAGAAUGGUCCAUUGGUAUAAGUGGAAGGGAAAUGUUUUUUGCAAUAACACUUCACAUUUCGCAGAAAAAAUGAUUUUUGCAAGUAUCUCUAAUAAACAAAUUGUGAAAUUUGAAAUCAGUCCUGGAAUGAUCGUUGCUUUGGCCAUGGCACUUUUUGUGCUUGCAAUUCUAACGACAAUCGGCAUUUUAUUGACUCAAAGAAUUAUUGUGAAAAAAAGACGAUUUAAUCGUAGAUUUUAGUAAAUAUAUAAGAUAUCAAUUCAAUUAUGUAGAUCUGUAGAUAGAAUAAACUUAUUAUAAUUACAUUCUAUCUGCAAAUUAUAAGAGCAACUUGUUAUAGUUACUUAUUAUUAUUAUACUAUAACUCAGUAACUAAUUAAA